CCCCGCUCCCUCCAAUUCACACCCAAGCGCUAGCUAGCGGCUCACAGCUAGCUCCAUUCCGACCCAUCAAGGUCAAGCCCAGAGCUGAGGCACCAAGAAAGCAGCAGCCAUGUCGGAGGUGGUGAUGAACCCGGGCGAGGAGGAGCCGCGCCUCGUGUUGCCGCCGGGGUUCCGCUUCCACCCCACCGACGCGGAGGUCGUCCUCGACUACCUCACGCCCAAGGCGCUCGACGGCACCUUCUCCUGCGUCGUCAUCGCCGACGUCGACCUCAACAAGACUGAGCCGUGGGAUCUCCCUGCCAAGGCGAAGAUGGGGGAGAAGGAGUGGUACUUCUUCUGCCACAAGGACCGCAAGUACCCGACGGGGAUGCGCACCAACCGCGCCACCGCCAGCGGGUACUGGAAGGCGACGGGGAAGGACAAGGAGAUCUACCGCGGCCGCGGCGUCCUCGUCGGCAUGAAGAAGACGCUCGUCUUCUACACGGGGCGCGCCCCGCGCGGCGAGAAGACGCCAUGGGUGAUGCACGAGUACCGCCUCGAGGGCAAGCUGCCGCCCAACCUCCCCCGCUCCGCCAAGGACGAAUGGGCCGUCUGCCGCGUGUUCAACAAAGACUUGGCGGCCAAGCCUGGCCAAAUGGCGCCGGCCGCCGGCCCGGAGCCGACCAUCCCCCUCGACUUCGACGACAUCUUUGGUGUGCCGCCGCUCGAGGACUCGGAGUACGCCUUCGAGGACCUCCUCGACUUCAAGGCCGGCGCCGGUAAUUCCAGCUCCAGCGACGCGGCGGGCAUGGGCGGCGGCGGCUACCAAGUCAAGGCGGAGCAGCAGAACCAGCAGGCGCUCCAGCAGGGCCCCAUCUACUUCUCCCUGCCGGCGGCGAGCAACCCCGGCGGGUACCCGCACGGGGCCGCGGAGCAGGCGAUACGGGCGCACUGCAGGCCGGAGGCGCCGGCGCUGCCGAGCCCGGCGUUCGCCGGCGACCUGUCGUCGAGGCCGUACCCGGAGGUGGACGACCUACUGCUGGACGACGGAUUCAUAGACUACUCCAACAUGUUGAAGUUCUAACUGAAAUCAAUCAGGCCGGGCUAGGCGUCGCCGGCCGGAGUUGAAGAGCUAGCUGGUAGCUGGCCAUAUACAGUAGUACUAGUAGUAGUUCGAUUUGGUCACCGGUGGCUCGCCACCGCCCGGUCGAUUAUUAGUUGAUUUAUUGACUUAUUAGCGUUGAGGUUUGCGUUCGUCUAUCUAUCAGCCGACGAGAUCGAUGGAUCGAGUCUGGUAGCUGAUUCGUUGCAUGGUGUUUAGGGGUGGGGAAUUGAGACUGAUCGAUGAGCAGCUGCCGGCGAAGGUCUGAUGAUGAAGUUGUCCGGACCUCGCCGGCGUCGUCGACGAAGGCCUCCGAUCCUGCAGGUUGGUGGCUGGGUUAGUCUUUAUUAGACUAUUGAUUUGUUAACCGCGUCUUGGUCGAUGCAUGCAUGUGGAGUUGUGUGUGCGUUGUACAUAGCAGCAGCAGCAGCAGCAGCAGCUGAUUGGCUUCAAUUCAUACUGCAUACUGCAUACUGCAGAGUAAUAGUAGAAGUACUAGUAGUGAAUGGGUUUAAAGUAGCUGAGAGUGAUGAGAUGAAUGCAGUUGAUUGGUUAAUUGUAUCUGAAUCAAUGUUAAUGUACUCCAUCGAUUCUAGA